AUGGCGUUGGGAACCCCAGCGGACAUCAAAGCUGAACCGCAAGAUCUAUUUGGAAACAUAAAGAUUCCGAUGGUAGAAGCAUUCCAGAAUCUGCAUCAACCGCUAGGCGAGGAUAAGAAGGACAAUGACGAGCAGAACGACAGCAGGCAGGACGACAACGGAUGGUUUCACUUGGACUCAAAAUCAGCCAAAGGUCCUGUGUGGUCGUCGAUUGCAGGUAUUCCCGUGGCUGCUCCAGGCGGGCUUUCAUCGAAAGCAAACUACUCUUUCGCUUUCGAGGCUUCUUACAUGUACGCGAACUGUUUCAUUCACAGAGGGGCAUCUAUGAACUUCACGGAGUGGGCGUCAUACAGACAAGAAGGUCCAGGCAGAUACAGUACCAACCGAACUCUCGUCAUCUCCACGAAGAGACCCCCGUCACCGUUUGACAAGAACCCAUUGGAACUGGUCUUUACAUCAUACACCGCUAUCCAGGAGCUCACAACCAACGCCACGUGCGUUUUGAGGACCACCUACGUCGAGGUUGAUGUUGGCUGCCAUGGCACCCCAUGCGGAGCAUGUCGUGUACGUCUGUUGCAGAAGCCGAAUAAUUUGACAGCACGAACCGUCUUAAACAACAUGGCGCCCGGAGGACAGCCCGGCCAUGGAACAGCCGGACUCUUCGACGGGUACAUGAGCACUUUUGUCCGAUCAGGGCUCUCGUUGUGGGAUCUUCAAGAGGGUCGCCAGCUUAAACCAUUUCCUUCGGCGCUUGAAGCCUACUUUACCGAGCCUGACUCACCAUACUCUGCGGCGGGCAUCAGCUCUUGGGAUGGCAUUGAUAUAUAUCCUGUUGGAGACCAAAUGUUUUCACAGCGGUUCUCUCAACUUCUCAACACUUUCUGGCUCGCUUCCGUCGCAUCACACAAUAUCACAGGGAAUUUCCACUUCCAGAGCGAUAGUGGAACGAAUUUGCCAGGACCGAUCAUAAUCCAGAACAUCACUGGAAAUAGGACUCCCGAUUUCUUGGUCAUGAGAGUGAAUGACGGUUGGAUGUUAACCUUGUUCGUGGCUUCUACGGCGAUGCUUGUUUCUGGGGUCAUUGCAGCCGUGCUUGAUUCUAUGAGACGAGGACCAGAUGUUUUGGAUCAUCCGACAUUCUUCUCUAGAGACACCCCGUAUGUUAACGUUUCCCCGUGUUACUCCGGAUCGGUGGAAGAUGCAAGCGAGCAGGUUAGAAGGACUAGAGACAUACGGGUGUGCAUUGGAGAUGUUAGUCCGACAGAGGCGACGGGUCAUUUGGCGUUUGGUACCGUGAAUGAGGCGAUUCCACUGGGUCUCCAAAAAGACGGAAGGUACUAUGCUUGA